UUUUGAGAGGUGUGGCUGGAUUUCAAAAUGGCCCUGGAAUAUCUCGAGGAUACAUUUACUAAAUAUCCUUGUCGUGACAAACUUCUAAGAGUAUGUCAGUAUGCAGCUAUAUUUUAUGAUGGGGCAUUAGUUGAGCCACGCAAUGGUAGGCUUUUAAUGGUCAGAAGGUUCAUCACUAAAGAUAAAAGUGAAUCUACAGCAGCCAGAGUUUCUAGUAGUAUCAGUGCUGCAAGACUAGUCUUUAGACUACUCAACACUCCGGCAACACUAUGUAACGUCAAAAAUAUCUAUCAAAAGUGGAAUGAGAAUGAUAGUAAUCACGAACUAUUUGCAUUUGCACUGGAUGCUUUGGAAUGCUUAGCUUCUUUAGCGUAUAACCCAGUGGAGCAGUUGUCUUGGGCUGGACAAGUUAGUAAAUUGUUUGACAGUCCGCGUCGAGAAUGGUUAUCAAUAUGGUGCACAAAACUAUGGAUAAUGCUACUGAUUAUUAAUAUAAUGAGAUCUUGGAGAUUACUAAGAACAGUCUACAAAAGUGGGGAAUGGAAGAUGCCUGUCUUAUCAUUGGUGCAAGAUAUCGCAGAUCUCAUCAACGCAAUUCAUUUCUUGCCUGCCGGGUUUCUGUGGUCUAGUCGAUUGCCUACAAUAUUGGUUGGGCUACUUGGAAUGAUAUCAUCAAGUAUAGCAUUGUACAAAGUUUUAUAAUUGCAAAUCAAUUAUAAUGUAUUUUUUCAAUAAUAGUCUAAUAAUUAUUAACAAAAAUAUUUAUAUGCCAUAGAAAAUGCCAAUUAUAAUCCUAGUAUUUCUUCAUUUCUUCUUUGGUUUCUUUUCCUUGUUGUUCCUUGCC